UGCCUCGCUAUCUAAUCUUCAAAACAGAGCAGUAGAAAUGUCCACCAUUUCAAUAUCCAUAGCCGGCUCUUAUCCACAAGCUCUAGCUCGUUCAAGACCUCAAACCACUAACCCUAACCCUAACCCUAACCCUAAAAAACUCAACCGUAAACGAAGCACCAACGUAAAGCCACAAAAAACUAAAUUAAGCAAAUCCAGUCAGCAAUCACUCACCUUAACCAGCGGCGAAGCCACCACCUACACUCGCCUCCCGCCACGUGAAGACUUCUCCGUUCCGUCACUUGUAUUCACCGAAGUCAAACUCUCCGAUUCCGAGGUAGCCGAAAUCGAAAACGACAGCGAGGAUCACCGUUUAAUCAGCGAAGAAGAAGAAGAAGAAGAAGAAGAAUUAGAAGAUGACGAUGGUAAUAAUUUGCAAGUUGAUUAUGGAAAAUUUGAGGUUUAUGAGGUUGAUUCCGAUUAUGAUAGUGAAGAAGAAGAAGAAAUUGAAAAUGAAAAUGGCAAUGGCAAUAUUGUAAAUAAAUUUGAAAUCAAUGGCGGUUAUGAAGAGGGGGAGGAGGAGGAGGAAAUUGAUGUGAAAGAGAAAGGCGUGCCAGCUGUCAUGCGAUGUUUCGACAGAGCAAAAAUCUUCGUAAGAGCGGGAGACGGAGGAAACGGGGUCGUUGCAUUCCGCCGCGAGAAAUUUGUACCGUUAGGCGGUCCGUCAGGCGGAAAUGGAGGGAGAGGAGGGAGAGUGUACAUAGAAGUAGAAGGCUCAAUGAACUCGUUGUUACCAUUUAGGAAUAGAGUUCAUUUUCGGGCGGGGAGAGGGUCUCACGGUCAAGGCUCAAUGCAAAAUGGCGCCAAAGGGGAGGAUGUAGUGGUUAAAGUUGCGCCGGGAACGGUUAUUAGAGAAGCGGGAAAAGAGGAGGUGUUGUUGGAGUUGUUGAAUCCUGGUGAAAAGGCUAUGCUGUUGCCUGGUGGGAGAGGUGGGAGAGGGAAUACUGCGUUUAAAUGUGGCAGUAAUAAAGCUCCCAGGAUUGCUGAGAAUGGUGAAGAGGGUAUUGAAAUGUGGUUGGAGCUUGAGCUGAAGCUUGUUGCAGAUGUUGGAAUUGUGGGUGCUCCAAAUGCUGGGAAAAGUACACUUUUGAGUGUGAUAAGUGCUGCACAGCCGGCUAUAGCAAAUUACCCCUUCACUACUUUACUGCCUAACCUUGGUGUAGUGUCAUUUGAUUAUGAUACUACAAUGGUUGUAGCUGACUUGCCAGGUCUGCUUGAAGGAGCACAUCGAGGUUUUGGUUUGGGCCAUGAGUUUCUGAGACACACAGAAAGAUGUUCUGCCCUGGUACAUGUUGUCGAUGGCUCCUCAGAGCAGCCAGAAUAUGAGUUUGAUGCUGUUCGUCUUGAGCUGGAAUUGUUCAGUCCAGAAAUUGCUGAUAAGCCUUAUGUUGUUGCAUAUAACAAAAUGGACCUUCCGGAAGCAUAUGAAAAUUGGUCAUCAUUUAAGAAAAAGCUAGAAGCUCGUGGGAUUAAGACAUUCUGCAUGAGUGCUGUGAAGAAAGAAGGCACGCAUGAAGUGAUCUGUGCUGCUUACGAGCUUCUACGAGAAAGUAAAGAAACUAAUGAGGAAUUCAAAGGUUGGCAAAAUCCAGUAAAUCUUAAUCAUGUAGCAGAUAUGGUUCAGAAGCAGCGAAGAGCCCAUAUCAAUGACUUUGAGAUCGUCCAUGACAGUGGGUCCAAUACCUGGCAUGUGGAUGGGUCUGGGUUGCAACGUUUUGUUCAGAUGACAAACUGGCGAUACGCGGAUUCUGAUAGAAGAUUCCAGCAUGUUUUGGAAGCUUGUGGUGCGUACAAGUCUCUCAUUAAGAUGGGCGUCAAGGAAGGUGACACGGUGAUGGUUGGAGAUAUGGAAUUGGUGUGGCAUGAUUCCAAGAGUUCUGAGCCAUCAAAUUUGAAGAGAAGAUUUCAUCCAACUAAAUGGCCUGAGUUGAUGUAAUUGUCUUGUUUUUGGGUGAAUUACAGCAGUUUUCGCAGUUUAGAAAGCUUCCGCAGAUUAGAAGAACUGGAGUAUGCAUAGCUUGAUAUUGAUGUUUCAUUGAUCAAUGCGACGAUUCUUUAUAAGAGUGAUACGGGUACGCCAUGGAAUUCAAGUGAUGAGCUAGUACAUAAGUGUAAACUGUAGAGCAAAUGAAUGCGAGCUUGACCCCCAGAUCAUGAGAUCAAUGGAUUAAAAUGGCCCGGCAAUCUCAGCUCAGGUAAGUGCUAAAUAGAGAUCUAAAGCUCAUCCGGGGCAAAUUUUGUUGUUACAUAUGAAUUGAUAUGGAGGGAAUAAUCAGACGUUUGAUCAAUACAUGGUGAGAAGAAAUUAAAUUAUUUAGUUUAGCAGAGGCCUAUUUCUCUGAUUUUCUGUUGUUGUUGAUGGUUGUCUAUGAUCAAAAUUCAUUUGUGUAAAUCAUAAUGGAUGCUUUUGGCAUGAA